UGAAAGUCAUUUUGUUUGAUUUGCUACGACUUCAUAUCAAGACAAUAAUUCAUUUAUUUUCAUUUGUUUUAAAUUAUUGAAACUUACUGUUAUAUCAAUUGUGCUAAAACAUUAAUUUAAACAUAGAAACUAUGAGCAAUUCUUCCAAUGGUUUGCUAACAGCAAAAAAUGCAUCAAAUUUCAAAUUGCACGCACGAACGCGCAGACACAAGCAGUACGUCACGAGCGAAAUUGAGAUCAGCUGCUUUCGACCUACAGGCUUAAAUUUAGAUCCCGACGCCAACUGUCAUUUCGUUCGCCACAAUUAUCACUGCAAUUUCGACACGAAACUCAUCAACUAUUUGGAGUUCGCCGUUUGCACUAUAAGGAUCGAUGAUUUUUCUUGGUUUGGCGAGGUCGGCUAUAUCGUCUGCUCACUAGUUGUACUCCUGUUUCUCAUAUUCUCCGUAUUCGUAAUGACUAGGUGGUUUAUUUUACCAAAUGUGCUUACCUUGUUUAACUGGACUACAAUUAGGGCCUACCACUGUGGCAUCCUUAUCGUCUCAACACUGUUCAUCUUGCCGAAUUUAUUUAAAAGUUCAAUUAUUUGUAACUCUCCGAAAGAGCUCUACUCGCUUUUCCUCACGGAAUCGGGGAGCAGGGCAUUUAGCAUGUACGGCCUGGGUUUGGCCUUGAUCUCAAUUAAUAAGACAUUGCAUGCCCCACCAUUUCAUUGUAUCGUCAGCUUGUUGGUGAUCGUGUUGGGAAAUAUUUACGUGUAUAUCUUGCUAAGUUAUAAAACUAAGAACGAUACUCUUCCUAAAGGGGAGCAAGGAGAUUUAAAGUUAGAAGGGCAUGCGAAAUUUUUAAUCAUCGUUUAUUUGGUUUAUCUUUUUGCUCAACUUUACGAUCCAUUUAAAUCCAUGCUUUUUAGAAGUAAUACGAUUGUUGAAGUUAUUCGUACACCAGAGCAAAUCGAAAGUGAAAAUGUUAUUGAAGAUGUGUUGGAAGGAGUGGUUACUACUACAUCGACUGAACAUACCGAAACCACUAAUUCCCCUUUUAAAGUGAAUUUUCGAAAAUUUUAUGGAGAUAUUUUUGGAAGGAAAUACAUAAUAUUUAAUAUUUUGUGUGCACCACUGUGGAUCAUACUGACCUUAUUGAUUCCGGUUAUAAAUGAAAAUUUGCACUUUCAUGGUUGGAAUAAGUAUUUGCUUAGUACGAAUCUUAUUUUCAUAUCGCUACCGCUAAUGGGAUAUAUAAAAAUAGAAAUUUGCUUCGCGCUUGUCGCUAUUGGAUUUCUAGCAGCCGGUGUUAUACUCUACAAAACAAGCGCUACGGAGCCGCCGAGAUUUUAUAAAGUCUUUAGUGUAUUUGGAUUAUUUACUGCGUUUAUGAUUUGGCAUUUACUUACCAUGGAAGCUGAUACUUUAAUCCAUCAAAGUCUUCAGUAUGUAAUUCAUUGGGAUCUCGAUGCUGUUGUAGUUGCAAGUUCUUCAUUUUCCAGCAGUGUUACAGAAAUGAUUUUUAUUUAUGAAUUAAUUAAGUACGAAGAAAUGGAUAUUGCAUUUGGUCUCGUCACCGGCUUGGCUGUAUACAAUACAAUAGGAAGCUUUCCUGCUACGGUGCUCCAGCCAUGUUUCGAUACAUCUUCUUUUCUAUUCAUCACUAGCAAUAAUUGCACCAUAUAUGUGUUCAUGUUUCUUAUGAUCGGAUACACAUUUACUGCAUUAUGCAUUUCUAAUUUUCAAUUACGUCGUACCUUUGGAAUGUUUUUGGUGAUAUUCUGUUCACUGUUCAUUUUGUAUAUAAUAUUAACGGCCUAUGAAGUUGUACAUUCGUAUGGGUCUCAACAUUCUCCUACAGUUCUUUAUAAUUCAUUCACACAUUCGAAUUGGUCUUAAACAUUUAAAUUUUCGUAUAAUAUAUAGAGAAAAGUUGUAAAACUAAGUUAAUAAAAUAUUGUUAAAAUCACAAGA